AUGGUGAAGGAUCCUCCCUUAGCAAGCGCAGCUCAGCGAACGACCGCCAGAUCCGUUCCGGUGAGAACUCUAAGAGAGACGAGGCCGACUUUUGCCGCCAAAUCAUCAAUUCCUAAAAGCGUGAGUGCAACCCCAGCGAAAACAGGGCCGACACGUCCGCCCCCACGAAUUCCAGCUCCGGACCCAAAGACGAGAGCAGCGCUUACUAGAACGGGUCGAAGUCCAAAACCCGGUCGCAAGCCUACAAACUCGAUCGAGAAAUGA